AUGUUAUAUCUUCUGCUUGUUGUUGGCUAUUUGGUAGCUAAUAUCAUUGCUGAAGAUGACUUCAAAAAUAAUAUUAAAUGGGAGUCACAUUUAAAGAAUGGACAUAUACCACCUCAUUCUAUUAUAAUUCAUGAAAAUCAAACAGUUCCAUUAUCAUUAAUUAAUAUUAGAAAAAAAAGAUGUUCUUGUGGAUGUAGUGGUUGUGAUUUGUUUCCUAAUAGAGCUUGUUGUUCUCCAGAAUGUUGUAAAGAAAGUGCUCCAUUACCUCUUGCUUGUUGUCCACCUCCACCACCACCAAAACCAUGUUGUGGCCCAAAUUAUGGACCUUGUUGUCCUGCUACACCUCAAACAACUUGUUGUAGAGCACCAUGUUGUGAAGGAAAAAGACCACCAAUAUAUGAAGAAGAAUAUGAGGAACCAGAACCUACUCUUCCUGUCCCGCCUGCACCAGGAAAUGCAGGAACAUGUUGUCCUCCUGCAACACCAGUAGCACCACCUCCACCACCACCACCACCUCCGCCACCACCUGAACCUCCAGUAGAAUGUUGUGAAGAAAAACCAGUUCAAAAAGAAGAAAUUAUGCAAACAUGUGGAUGUCCAAAUGGAAAUUGUGGAUGUGGAAGACCAUGUUGUUUUUAUAAGGAUCCACAAUGUUGUUCAAGUCAAAAACCAUGUUGUCCUCCAGCCCCUGAUCCAUUACCAUGUUGUGCUCCAAUUGUUCUUCCACAAAUUUGUUGUAAUAUUGUACCACCAUGUUUACGUGCCUGCCCAACAUGCCCAUGUAGAAAACGUGUCUUUUUAGGUAAAAGAUCAAAAAGACAAUCAGGCUUACAUUGUCAAGCAUGUCCAGGACAACAGAAUAUCAGAGCAUCACCAAAAACAGCAAAAGAUGAAUUUUUAGAAACAAUUCUUGAGGAACCAGAUAGUAUUACAAAUGCUCCAAAAGCUGGAAAAUUAUUUGAAGCAUCACGUCAUCAUAGAAUAAAAAGAAAUUUAUGUCAACCAUGUAAUAAUGGAAGACCAAUUAUAAAACAUCGUGAAAAAAGAUCAUUUGAUUGUGUUCAAUGUGUUUAUUUAAAACCACGUUAUGAUGUAAGUAUUAAUCAACCAGCCUACUCUAGUCCAUCUUUACCUCAAACUCCAAUUCCAUAUCCUGUAAAUCCACGUGAUCGUGUAAAAAGAAAUGGAUGUCUUCCAUAUCCUGGUUGUUUACAUUUAAAAAGAAGAUCAAAAAGAAAUUGGAAUAGUCAAUAUUGUGAACCAUGUGGUGGAUAUCAUGCUAGAAAAAAAAGAGAUACUGAAAGAGAUACUUGUUUAAGAGAAAAAUAUGAAAAUGAUAAAGCUCGAGGAUGUAAAGGAAGUUCAGCAGAAAUAGAUGAUACUUCAGGAGAAAAUUUUAGAAGUAAAAGGCAAGCUUAUGGUAAAAAUGGUUUAUUAGAUUUGGUAAAAGUAUUAGCUAAAGCUGCAACAACACAUCAAGUAGGACCAGGUGGAGAAUCAUGUUUACCAUUUCCACAAUGUGUUAUGGCAAAACGUAAACGUAAGAAGAGAUCUCUAUCAAAAUUAGCUGCUUAUGAAAAUGCUUUAUUAAAUCAUAAAAUUAAAGUAAUGGAUCAUGAAGAAGAAAUUAAAAGGCAUAAAAGACAAUUUUAUGCACCUGAUCAAUCAGCAAAUUGUGUACCAUGUCCAGCAUGGGUUACAUUAGCAUUAGCAGCAAGAAAAAAAAGAGGUUCUAAUUAUGAAGUAUGUGAACAGACAGAUGAUUGUUUAAAUGAAAAAGAAUAUAAAGCAUUUAUGAAAAGAUUUAUGAGAACAUCGAGAAAGAAAAGAGAAUUGAAAAGACCAAUAUGUAGACAUUGUACAGGAAAAGAAACAGUUCAUAGGACAAAAAGAAACUUUGGUGGUCCAACAAUAAAUGCUUCGGCGCACGAAUGUACAGCAUUUCCGGCAUGUCGUACGAGAAAAAAAAGAAACUUUUUAGAUUGUGCUAUUUGCACACCAGAUCCAGGUGUUAAAAAAAGAAAAAAACGUAUGGGUGAUUCAGCAACAUGUUAUCCAUGCCCAUCAUCAGGAGUUGGUAGUCAACAAAGUUAUCAACAACAACCAAUUGCACGAUAUGUUGCUGGAAAGUAA